AGCUGUACCCCACAGGGGGCUCCUUUGUGUUGGAAUCGGCAGCUAAAGCAGUCGCCGGGUCCGUUCCGAUCCGGACAUCAGUAAGUACCGAGCCCCGGCACCUCCUCCAGCCCACGGACGCGUCCCCCGUGCAGAACCCACGCGAACAACACGCAUCUGCAGCAGGCAGGACACGCAGCAUCCUCCCCCGAUCUGCCCCAGGAAGGUGUCCGCAGCUCUCCGUGCCUUCGGGGCUCAGUCAUCUAACGCCAUGGUGAAACUAGGCAAUAAUUUUAGCGAGAAAGGGGCGAAACCUCCUAUAUGUGAGGACGGUUUUGACACCAUCCCCCUGAUGACCCCUUUGGAUGUCAAUCAGCUGCAGUUCCCGCCCCCUGACAAGGUUGUGGUCAAAACCAAGACAGAGUAUGAGCGUGAUCACAAGAAGGGCAAGUUCCGCACUCCCAAGAUUGCCGAAUUUACCAUCAGUAUCAGUGAAGGAGUGUCCGAAAGAUUCAAGGUAACUGUCCUCGUCCUGUUUGCACUGGCUUUUCUGGCGUGUGUCGUGUUCUUGGUGGUAUACAAGGUGUAUAAGUAUGACCAUGCCUGCCCAGAAGGAUUUGUGCUGAAGAGCAAUCGAUGUGUCCCGUCAGCUCUAGACAGCUACUACCCCGAACAGGAUCCCAGCGCCCAAGGGAAGUUUUAUACAGUCAUCAAUCACUACAACCUUGCCAAGCAGACCAUCACCCGCUCGGUCUCCCCAUGGAUGACGGUCCUCUCCGAAGAAAAACUCUCCGAACAAGAGACGGAGGCUUCCCAGAAGUCGGCUUAAGGCGAACGCGAGUGGAGGACUGAAAAGGAACUUUAAAAAUAAUUAACUCCUUCUCUGCCUCUCUGGCAGCCAAGCAGUUAACAAUAAUUUAGAGAUUUCUUGUGUUUAUGGUUAAAAAAAAAAUCGCUUCUGUUUACUGGUAUUGCUGUGCAGAUCAUUCACAGGUACAUCCGCCGUGGGCACGUCACUCCAGCGCAGUGAUUUCAUACCAAGGGAACCCUUCUGAUGUCGGGCUUCACUUUUUAUUUAAUUAUUAGAUAUUUGAACAUAAAAUAGAUAUAGGAGACUUGAGGAUUUCCUGUAUGAUUUGAAGGAAUCUAUCUCCAGUAUGUCUAAAAUGGUUUGUGGGUGAAAGACACCUCCAUAAAUUGCUGAAAUCCGGCCCAUGCCGUAGGGAAAACGGAGAGGAAAUUAAACAAAAACAAAAAAAAAAUACAGUCCGU